AUGGCCAUUCCCAAUGCUGCGUUGCAAAAGUUGCUUCAAGAAGUCGAGACUCAAGCGCUGCUUUCCCAACAAAAGAUCACGCAAACGCAGGCAGAAUUGAGUGCCAAACGGAGAGAUGCUCGACUCAACCAACUGACAGCCAAUGAGCUGAAAUCCUUGUCACAAGACACAAAUGUCUAUGAAGGGGUUGGGAAAAUGUUCAUCGCCGUUCCUCCGUCGACUCUGAACAAGCGCUUGGCUUCCGAGGCAGCAUCUCUGAGCAAGGACAUCACGGAUCUGGAGAAGAAGUUACAUUACCAAGAGACUACAUACAAGAACAGUCGACAGCACAUUGAGAAGAUCUUACAGACUGGUGGUCGAUCGUGA